GGAUAAUUAAUUAAAAAAUGGGUCUAAAUAUCCUCUCUUCCUUCCUUUGGAUGGUAGCCAGAGUUACCUUCUCCACAGUUUUCUUACUCAUCAUUGUUCUGAUAUACAGAAAGAAAUAUAAAAAGACAGUCCAGGAUAAAUAUGAUGAGCUUAAUCAGAAACAUACUCUGAAGGAUAUAUGCAUGUUCUGUAGUAUAGCAGCUAAUUCUAAUAAAAGAACACUCUAUGAGGAUGAAGACAUGUUUUUAGUCCAAGAUGUAGCCCCAAGAGCAGCAGUUCAUCUCCUGAUGAUUCCAAAGCGCCAUAUUAAGAAUAUUUGGGCACUUCGAGAGCAGGAUAAAGCUCUUCUUGAUAAAAUGAAGAAGAAUGUUCUCAAAGUGUUGAAAAAGGAUAAUGACAAAGAACUUACUAUUGGAUUUCACAAUCCAUACUUCACGACCAUAAACCACGUCCAUAUGCAUAUCAUAGGAGGGAAAAGAAGUGGGUUAAGGUAUUGGCUUGAAUUUGGGAAUAAUUUUGUCUUCAAGUCAUUUACUAAAGUCCAUAAUAGUCUAACCCACAAAAUGAUUUAA